UGCGGCUCUUUGUUUCUGAUGCAGACGAUCAAAAAGUGGUUUGCACGAAUCCUGUGGUGAAGAGAAGCCGAUGUAAACUGAGCAUCAAUACUAUGAGAGUUCCUUAGAAACGGGAGAAGAAUUAGAGGCAUCUGCGAUGCACAUCAGAUCGAAUCUUUUUUGAGACUCCUCCAUUAAGCCAGAUGAAGUGUGCAGAACAGGCUUGUUGUGUGGAUCGUUGCCCUCCUGCCCACAAAGAUGGUGCGAACAAUUUUAGCCGCCCUUUUGGUAUUUGGGAGGUAGGUCCGUGCACAAACCGGUACAACCAGUUGUCAGACAAUUUGUUUCUCAUACCAUUGGCUGGCUCAAGCACUUUUUUGCCCAACACGGAGUUUGGCGGUGUGGGUUUGCUUUUCCGAGGCUGAACCAAAGGUUUAGCCUGCAGACCGACAUCACGCCUGUUCCGCCUGCUCUUUUUCCAUGGCAGUCUCGGCUCGCUGGGCCAUGCUGGAGCCAGCACCUCGCACCACACUCAGUCCACAAGUGCGCUUUUGGCGGGUGCCACGGGAAACAGUUCUCAUUGCUCACCCGGGAGCCAUGGGACUUCUCACCCAGACCGCCAGCGUACAUCGGCAGCAACGCUCCUGGGGCUUGUGGCAUCUAAGACCUUCGCGGCUCAUGCGUAAUGCACGGCAAGGCAGCGAAGGAGUCACCGCACACUGUUUCUACUGUUGGCCUUUGGCCUGAGCUUGCGGAGGUAUCUGAUAAGGUGAUCCGAACUUAUGUUGGCGUAGGCAUUUGCAUGGGAUCUUUCUUGGCUCCUUGGCACAUUUUGCCUGUUUUCCUUGACCUGAAAAUUGCUGGCGGAUCCGACCUUGCCUGGAUUGACGGGGCAGACGUUGCCCGUCACGACGACAGCAAUGUUCCUUGGGUGGCUCUUGGGCUCUCUAGGGCUGGGAAGGGCCAUCGAGAGCUUCAACAAAGAACAGAUCCUGGUUGGUGGUGCCUCAGGGCUUGUGCUCGUAGCACUGGCUACUGUGAUCUUACCCGAUUUGACGGCUGGGAAUCUGAUGCUCUUCACCUCGCUGCGCUUCAUCUAUGGGGUUCUCAUGAAUAUCGUGGCAGUUCAAUGUGUUCAUGUCCAAGAAACCAUGCCGGAAGGUCGGAAGAACCAGGCGGUGAGCGCGAGCAUCGCCUACAGCGUAGUUGCCAUUUGCUUGGCAGGUGCCUCCAGUUUAGAUACUGAUUGGAGGAUUGAGGCGUUAGUCUGGUACGCAAUCCCAUUGAUUUGCAGUCUUCAAAUCGCCUUCCCACAUUGGCCUCAAGUUCUCCAGUCCAUCCCAAUCUCUUUCAGUAAGAAGCUCGAGCAGCCAGCGAGUGAAGUUAAGAAUCAGGAGAUGGAUCUGAUGGAUCCAGAAGAUCAGCGCCAUACCAUUGCCUUGGCCAUCAGCUUUUUGGCUUGUGGCUCUGGAUUUUUUGGAUCAAGCUAUUCUGCAGGGCAGCUGUCUCCCAAUCCCUAUGAGAGCACAAUGCUCCUUUCAGCAGCUGACAUCCUUGGCGACAUCAUGGCUCUGAGCGCUGACGUUUGGGGUAGGAACAAGGUGCAGGGCUGCUGCUUUGCAUUAGCCGCUGCCUGCUUGAUGGUUUGCAGCGUAGGCGAACCGGGCAGCUUUGUGGUGUUGGCUUUUGCCAUGCUUGGGCGCUUGUGUCUGGAUGUUUGCUUCACGACCAUCCGCGUGGCCGUGGCGGCGAUCUUCUCGGAGUCUGCACAGACCACCAUGCUGCCAGUCUGUGAGUUUGCCACUCGGCUUGGUGGAGUGCUGGCACCCUUCAGUGGAACCCUCCCCACGUCGGUCCUUUGCCCCAUUUUUGCAAUGGGCUGCGCGGCAGCUGCAUGCACCACCAUGACUCUUCCUGAGCUUGGAAGACACAAGCGCCUUUCAGAGUGAGUGGUUUGACAAUAUUCUUCGACAAGUGUUUAAAAGACCUGAAGGGCCAAAA